UUAAACCUGACUUACUUAAACCUAAAUGAAAACCACAGAAAUAUUACACCAAUACGAACCCAACAUUCAUAAAGUUUCAAUCUUUCAUGUGUUUGCCUUAAACCAAUCUUAUCUUAUUCUAUCUCGUUAUAAGGUCAGUCCAAGAAAUACCAAAUUCCUGAGGCUAUAUAAUCAACAGUAACCAUGGUGACUUAUCUUCAUCAUAACUCCCUAGCAAUAACUACUUUUAUCUAUAGAGUUUCAGUCCUCUUUGCACUCUGCAUCACUCUCUUCACCAACCCAGCCCUCUCCGGCUACAAUAACCCCUUACAAGACUUCUGUGUAGCUGACCUCCAAGCUACCCCAUCCAACACUGGCUACCCAUGCAAGUCACAAGUCACCUCUGAAGACUUCUUCUACUCCGGCUUAAGCACUCCGCUAAACACUUCAAACCCUAAAGGUGUAGCCGCUAAUAGAGCAAACCUCAUGACGUUUCCAGGAUUAAACACGAUGGGAAUAUCAAUGUACAACGUUGCAGUGGCCGCAGGAGUAGCUAACCCGCCUCACUCCCACCCUGGUGUGACCGAGGCAGGGGUCGUGGUCGAAGGCUUGGUCUUGAUUGGGUUCUUGACGAAUAACUACACGUUGUACUCGAAGGUUGCUGGUCCUGGUGACAUGUUUGUGAUUCCUCCGGGGCUCAUACACUACGAGAUGAACGUUGGGAAAACGGAAGCUCGGCUUUUGACUGUGGUGGCUAGUGAGUGGCCUAGCGAGGUGCUUGUGCCGCACACUUUGUUUCUUGCGAAACCAGCGAUUCCAGACUUUGUUUUGAAGAAGAUUUUCAAGACUGAUGGUAAAACAAUCAACAUGCUCAGGACUAAGUUAGCUAAUUAAACAUAUGUUUAUGUGUUUCCACUGAAAAAAUGUAAUCUGGUAUGAGUUUGCCUUAAAAAUGAAUAAAUGAGCUGUCUUUUUAUUUGUUUUUUUUUUCACAAUAAAAAUCUCAACAUAUAUGGGAGAUUUUCCGUUUUAUGUCAUUUCAAAAAUAAACAUUUGUUACCAAAUAUAAAACAUUGAUUCGCAAAGUAAAACAUCAAUCACUGAAACAAAGUCAAGUAUAGCAGAAAAAAUCUUAAUUUACGAGUUUUUAUUUGAAAAAAAAAUCCAUUUCAUUUACUUUUACUAUUCUAUUAAGUUCGUUGAAAUAUCCUCAAUAAAAUACUCUUAUGGGUUUAUAUCACACGUGUCACAUGAAACAUAAAUUCGAUUUAUAAAAUUCACGUCCUUGAAAUUUGGAAGAAUCUCUAUCAUCUAUCUGUAUAAUAUAUUUUUUUUGUCAGACAUUCUCUUUUUACGAGAGAGUCUAAAUGGGCAUUACAGAGGAGAGUUACGUAAGACUCAAGCCCUGUUCGUUUAUUAGACGCGGCGUCAAUAACGUGCGAUCAAAAAUAUCAAAGGCCACGUCAGCAAUUCAUUAAAAACAGCUUGUGCGAAGAUGUUGCGACUCAAUUAUACACGGAACAAUUGCCGCCGCUGGCAGUAACGAAGUCGCUGUUUUUUACGGCGACCAUUAAAAUGGAUGAAAGAGCUUUAGCGUCAGUUACGGCGGCAAUUGUCAUGUCGUUAUUUCUCUCAAUCGUUUGUUAUUUUUUAGACGCUCAUCUUUGCCGCGGUGUCUAAGAAACGAACAUGGCUUCAAUUACAUAAAGAAACUCGACUAACAAGUAAACAAAUAUGAAGCCCAGUUUACUUGAUUUUACAUCGAGACUCUUUGGAUAUGUACCAGACAUUCCACGCGUCUAUUACAGAAAUAUCCCAGCCACGUGUCUUCACCUAUUAUUGUAUGAUCACCAAAGACAUGCGCCUAUACGCGCCACCGCGGAGAAUGGAAAGUUUGAGAUGCAACUCCGUCACAAAACGGCGAUCUGCAUCAUCUUUUUUGUGGACACAUUUAUGAACUCCCCUUAACUCUUAUCUUUCGCUCAAGCCGUUGUCUUUGGAGGAGGAUUAUAUAAAACAUCAAAAUCCAUCGAAGAAACAAGCGUAAAACUAUGAAGUUUUGCUUUGUUAGAGAUUGAAAACACAAAAAAUCGCCACAGAGAAAACUUCAAAAUCACCUAGUGAAAGCAAGAUCCGCUAACCGGAAGAGAAUAUUUACAACAAAAAGACAAAAACUAAAGAUGGUAACCGGUGGCGUGACCGAACACUGUUUAUACGAAGGUCUUCUUUUUUGAUGAGAGAAGUUGGAGGU